UGGCCCGAGAAAAACGAAUCGUACUUAUCAGCAGGACCGCACCAGGGCAAUCAGUCGCUCAGGGGCUUCAGUCAAGUCAAGUCGCUCUAGUUAAGAACACCCAAGCAUCAUGUCUGAGAAGAAGGAAAAGAAGACCAAGAAGAAGGCCUCCUCCAAGGAAGAGACUCCCGCCGAUACUCCAGCAGAGACCCCGGCAGCACCAACACCUUCCGACUCCGGCUCUCAGCGAGGAUCUACCCGCGGCUCAUCCUCCCGAAAAGCCAAGAAGGCUCCAUCUUCCGUUUUCGUCCUCUUCUCCCAGAAGCAGAUCGCCGAAUUUAAGGAGGCUUUCCAGCUAAUGGACAACGACAAGGACGGUGUGAUUGGCAAGAACGAUCUUCGCUCGACCUUCGAUGCCCUGGGCAAACUGUGCUCAGAUAAGGAAUUGGACGAAAUGCUUGGCGAAGCUCCGGGACCACUCAACUUCACCCAGCUGCUGACACUGUUUGCCAACCGCAUGUCGGGUGGUGGCCAGGAUGAUGACGAUGUUGUCAUCAAUGCCUUCAAAGCCUUCGACAACAAUGGCAAGAUCGAUGGCGACCGAUUCCGUUAUGCUCUGACCCACUGGGGCAGUGACAAGUUCACCGAGGACGAAGUUGACGAUGCCUUCGAUCAGAUGAUCAUCGACGAUAAGGGCUUCAUCGAUACUGCUGCCCUGAUCUCUAUGCUCACCGGUACCGAAGAGGAAGCGGAAGAAUAAAUUUCUCACCCUUCAUUGCGGUGGGGAAACUGAAAACCCGAAGCUUCUAUUUAUUUUAAACUUUUACUUGUAAACAACAUCUACAAAGAACAAGCAGUGACAACAACAUCAACAACAACAACAAUACGGAGAACAUCUUCAUGUAAUCACAAUUCCAUUUGCUUACAUCAUCUGAUUCUAAAUUAUUACUUUUAUUUUCUAUGAUAAGACAUGAAUUUUUAAGCUGUAAGAAGAAUAACGUUAUUAAAAAAAUGAAAAAAUAAACAAAAAAAGCAAAAAAAAGUUCAUAGAGAAGAAAACAAGCUUUUACUAGGUACCACCGGUCUUUCCUUUCCUCGCGGUGUCAGCAGUGCAGUAUCAGACAGAAUGGGUGAAGUGGAAAAAAACAGAGAAUAGAACUAGCAGGAAUAUGUAGAAUUGGAGAUUUGCAAAUAUAAAUG